AUGAUUUUCAUGUAUACUUUAUUUAAAAAUACAAUCCAAACUAAUUUCAACUAUAUAAGAAAUAUUUUUAUGAAAAAUAUUUUCUUAUUUUCUAGUAAGGAUUCAGAUGAAUUUUUUAUUUUUUGGCUUGUUCUUCUUAAGAGCCCUAUAACUUUAAUUUAUCGAAGUUUUACUGAUUUUUUUCCACAUAAUUUCAACAAUUUCUCCAUUUAUAAUAAAGAAAUGGGCUGUUGCUGCUCGAAACGAUUGGACUCAACAAGUGAAAAGAGUCAAGCAGACAAGACAGCUGAAUCUUUGAAGUCGGAACUCGACAAGAAAGCAUUUGCUACUCAAACACCUCGAGAAAGGCAUAAAAAAAAGCACUCUCCACGACUGUUGGUUCAACGUUCUGAAGACUGAUCUUCAACUUCAACGUCUCCAAAGGACAACUACAGGUCAUCAUCCUUAAUGGUAGACACAAUAAAAGUGACUGAUCCCAGCCCACGAAGCUCUCGAAGUCCUCAAAGCGCUCGCAGCCCUCGAAGCCCUCGAUUUGAUAUAGAUUUUUCCAAAAAAUUUUUAAAAAUUCCUGUUGAAGAAAGAUAUACACCGAUAAAAAUUUUGCACUCAGCAUUUCAUGGAGAUACUUUAAUCGCAAAUGAUAACAGAACUAGCCUUAAAAAGGUCAUAAAAGAGGUAAAAAAGUCCGCAAUUCAGAAAAAAGAUAAAGAAAAAUUAAUAAUGGAAAUUCAAAAGUUCCAUUGCCUUGUAAGAAUAAAUUAGGAUCACCCAAAUAUAGUGAAACUUCAUGAAGUCUAUGAAUCAGAAGAAAAAUGGUCUUUAAUUUAUGAGUUCUUUUCCGGAAGUAAUUUACUUGAAUUGACUCAUAAAGAAAGUGUUGAUAAUUCGUUGGCAAGCUCAAUAACACGAGAUAUUUUAAGUGGUUUAAACUAUUGCCACAGAAACCGAGUUAUACACUUGGGGUUAAAUCUUGAGAAAAUUAUUUUGGAUUCAAGAGAUGGGAAAAUUAAUUGUAAAAUAACUCGCUUUUCCUAUCCUUGAGAAUUAGAAGGUUUAGUAGAAAUAGACGAAGUGGUAAGUUUUACUUAGACAUGUUUUAUGGCUCCUGAAAUACUCAAUAAGGUCUUUGAUAAUCCGGCUAGUGAUAUUUGGAGCGCUGGAGUUAUUUUGUAUUUAAUGAUCCAAGAAAAGCCUCCUUUUCGGGGUAAAACUGUGAAGGAUCUAUUAAAGGACUAUGAAAGAGUACUUAAUUUUGACGAAACGAAUUGGGUUUUUGAAUCGGCUGAGUUAAAAGAUUUGCUUAGUAAAAUGCUUGAGUUUGACUGCAAUAAAAGAAUAACGGUUGAGGAAGCAUUGAACCACCCAUGGGUCAAAAAUUAUCAUUCUUUGCCUUCAUCGCCUACUAAUAAUAGAGCAAUCAACCGCCUUGUAGAGUUUACUUCAAAAGACGUCAUUACUCAGGAGCUUUUAAAAUAUUUCAAAGUCACCCUGGCAGACCAAAAUGAAAGUCGUCAGUUUAUUGAGCUUUUCAAAAGUUUGGAUACUAAUAAAGAUGGACAAAUCACUAAGGAAGAGCUCUUAAAUGAAACUAAGAAUUUAGACAUUGAAGUCCAAAACAAGCUUAAAAUGAUCUUAAAGAACGCUGAUCUUAUGAAGAAAGGAUAUAUAGGAUUUUCAGAAUUUGCUACAGCUUGCACAGAUUGGAAUACUCAGGAAAAUAUUAAAAAAUUCGAAAAAGCAUUUAAAAUUUGUGAUAAAAAUGGGGAUGGACAAUUAAGUCUUAAAGAACUAAAAGAAAAAAUCGAAGGAAUAAGAACUAAAGAGUGGGUUCAGUUCUUUGGAAAUGUCGAUUCCGAUCAGUCAGGAACGAUUUCUCUUGAAGAGCUCAAAGCAUUUUUGUUUGGUGGAAAUGUUAUUAAUAUAAAUCGUGUAUAG